GGAGAAAUUUGUCAGUUAUAUUAUGCUUUUUUUUUCCUUCUUUUAUCUGCUUUAAGUUUUCUCAUGUGAGUGGGUUUGUGCUUUUAACUAUUUUCAUGAUUUAUCAAAAUCAGAAAGAGUGGAUGCAAAAAAUUCCCCCAAGUGUUUUUAGCAUCUGAGGUUCACUACCUCUAGCUCUCUCCAAAUUUUGCUGUUUGAAUUCUUCAGUUUUGAAAUCCAGACAAAGGGUUUUUGGUUGAAUCCUUUGUUCUGGUGAAAGUUUCAAACUUUGCUCAUAAAAAAUAUCUGAUGAGUCGUUGAUAUCAAAUUCCAGGGAGGAUUUAGGGUUUAUGAGAGUAAAGGAAGACACUUUUGGAAUUGGGAGGUGGAGAUGUUUUAAGAAUCGUUGAUCAUUGCUGUAUAACAUUAGGAGUAUGAAGAUGAACAUGAAGAGCUUUCUUAAGAAACUUCAUAUCAUGCCGAAUCAAUCAGAUGAAGCUGAAGGGUCAAUUUCGUCAACAGCUAAGAGCAAUCAUAACAAGUCUAGCGAUGUGUCAUCGUCACCGAGGUCUCACCACAGCAAUAGCCCUGAAGUCAAACCCUUUUCUAGUUUAUCGAAUUGGUUAAGCUCUGUUGGUCAUAGAAAAAGCCCCAGUCCACCAAAUUCUUUCAAUGCCAAGAACAGAGCCGCCGUGGCUAAUAACAAAGGUGAUGCUCAUGUUGUUGUUACUGGGUCGGAACGUGUAGACCUGCAGGAUCCAGCGGUUGAAGAAGAGAAUCAGAUACAGCUGGCUUUAGAGCUAAGUGCCAGAGAGGAUCCUGAAGCUGCUCAGAUUGAAGCUAUUAAGCAAUUCAGUUUAGGCUCUUGUGCUCCUGAGAACUCUCCAGCCGAACUCAUUGCUUAUCGAUACUGGAAUUACAACUGUCUUGGCUAUGACGACACGAUCUUGGAUGGUUUUUAUGAUUUGUAUGGGGUGUUGAAUGCAUCCUCAUCAGAAAGAAUACCUCCUUUACUCGAUCUUCAAGGGACGCCUGUUUCAGAUGGUGUGACAUGGGAAGCUGUUCUUGUGAACAGAAGUGGGGAUUCUAAUCUGUUGAGACUUGAACAUAUGGCUCUUGACAUUGCCGCAAAAUCAAAAUCAGUUUCUUCCUCUGGUUUUGUCAACAGUGAACUGGUAAGGAAACUAGCUGUUUUAGUUGGAGAUUACAUGGGUGGACCAGUCGUGCACCCUGAUAGCAUGUUGAGAGCUUGGAAGGGUCUUAGCUACAGUUUGAAAGCAACUCUUGGAAGCAUGGUUUUGCCACUUGGUUCUCUAACUAUUGGAUUGGCUCGUCACCGUGCCUUGCUAUUCAAAGUUUUGUGUGAUACUGUUGGCGUUCCUUGUCGGAUAGUCAAGGGACAGCAAUAUACCGGUUCUGAAGAUGUGGCAAUGAACUUUAUUAAGGCUGAUGAUGGCAGGGAGUACAUUGUUGAUCUCAUGGGAGAUCCUGGCACGCUUAUUCCAGCAGAUGCAGCUGGACUACAAAUAGACUACGAUGAAUCAACAUAUUCUGCUAGUCUUGGAGACAGUGAUUCAUUUCAAGUAGCUUCUUCCAGCAAUGGGAUUGAGAGCUCAACUGAAGAGAAUGCAGAGCUUCCAGCUGGGGAACAUCGUGCUAGUACCAAGAGUUACAGGGAGAGAUAUCAAUCCGGAGGUAAAGGCGAUCUCAUUGUUCAACUAAAUAUAUCUAGGGAAGAUGUUAAAAAUCAGAGGAAUGUUGAAAAAGAUCCAAUUCAAAACCUCUCAAGCAGGCCUAAUCAUUCUUUUACCCAUAUGAGAUCACCUUCAUGGACUGAAGGUGUUAGCUCCCCAGCUGCACAGAGGAUGAAAGUCAAAGAUGUUUCACAAUAUAUGAUUGAUGCUGCCAAAGAGAAUCCACGGUUAGCUCAGAAGCUUCAUGAUGUAUUACUUGAAAGCGGAGUUGUAGCUCCCCCCAAUUUAUUUUCCGAAGUCUAUCCCCAGCAAUUGGAGGCAACUGUUGAAAGAGAAACCUCAACUGAAGCCAAAAAAGAGAAAGGAAAAGAUUUAGAGACAGCUCAGCAAGGAAGACAGCAAAAUGAUUAUGGUCUGGUGCGGUUUUUGCCUCCAUUACCAAGAGUGCAAUCUAAAGCAAAUACACACGAUCAGCGUGAUAAUGGCAAAGUUGUAAGUCAGUCUGAUUCUUCACAUUCUGAAGCAUCUUCGACAGAAUAUGUGAGGACCGUUCCUGCUGCUGUAGCUGCAGCGGCUGUUGUUGCAUCUUCAAUGGUUGCUGCUGCUGCUGCCAAGUCUGCAAACUCCACCGUAGAACUCCCUGCUGCAGCUGCUGCCACAGCAACUGCUGCUGCAGUUGUGGCAACAGCUGCAGCCGUGUCCAGGCAAUUUGAAUUAGGCUCGAAUAGCGAUGGGGAUGCUGGUUCUGGUGGAAAUGAGCCUCAGGGUAGUGGGGAAUCUAAUCAUGGGACGAAUUCAGGGGAGGAAAGAAUAUCUGACAGAUCUAUUGGCAAUGAAAGUUCCAAGUCAGACUGUGAUGAUGUAUCUGACUGUGAGAUUUUGUGGGAAGAUAUUACUUUGGGAGAACGUAUUGGACUUGGAUCAUAUGGAGAAGUGUAUCGGGGAGAUUGGCACGGGACUGAAGUUGCUGUGAAGAAGUUCCUUGAUCAAGAUUUAACAGGAGAAGCAUUGGAGGAAUUCAGAAGUGAGGUCCGAAUCAUGAAAAAGCUUAGACAUCCUAACAUUGUUCUCUUCAUGGGAGCUGUAACUCGUCCACCGAAUCUCUCAAUUGUUACAGAGUUUCUUCCUAGAGGUAGCUUGUAUAGGUUAAUCCACCGGCCAAAUAACCAAUUAGACGAGAGGAGACGUCUGAGAAUGGCCCUUGAUGCUGCUCGUGGAAUGAACUAUUUGCACAGCUGUAGUCCGAUGGUUGUCCAUCGCGAUCUAAAGUCUCCAAACCUUCUAGUUGACAAAAACUGGGUCGUGAAGGUGUGUGAUUUCGGGUUGUCCAGGAUGAAACACAGUACAUACCUCUCUUCAAAGUCAACAGCAGGCACGGCUGAAUGGAUGGCUCCAGAAGUGCUUAGAAACGAACCUGCUGAUGAGAAGUGCGAUGUGUACAGCUACGGUGUGAUUUUAUGGGAACUAUUUACGUUACAGCAACCAUGGGGAAAGAUGAACGCGAUGCAAGUCGUUGGGGCAGUUGGUUUUCAGCAUCGACGUCUUGACAUCCCGGACUUUGUGGAUCCAGCAAUUGCAGAUAUCAUCAGUAAAUGCUGGCAAACGGAUUCAAAGUUGAGGCCAAGUUUUGCAGAGAUAAUGGCUUCUCUAAAGCGGCUACAGAAACCUGUAACAGGUUCCAACAUCCCAAGACCAGUCCCCACUUCUUCUUCUUCAUUAGCUACUGAACAAGAAAAAAAAGAUUGAUGAAAGAAGAAAGAAGAAGACGACCAUUUAUAGAGGGAAACAUUUUUCUGCUGUUUGAAAGAAGCCUGAAGGAAGAAAAAAGCUACAGAUUUUGGCUCAGCUUCAGUGUGUGUCUCCACACAUCUUGUGAUUAGAGAAAUCAAAAGCAAAUUCAUGGAAGAUGAAGAUUGAAGAAGGUGAGAAGGGUUAUACUCGUGUGUUGUGUUGCCUUUCUUGCCAUUGAUGUUCAUGUCCUCUGUUUUGUUUUUACAAAAUUGUAACUGUACAGAGAGAGUGAGAGAGAAGGGGAAGAAAAAAAAAUAAUUAUUUUUGCAAUUAUUAAAAACUCGUUGACUAAAAUUAUAUUUUUAUUUAAAUAUAAAGUUAGAACUCUGUCUUUAUUCAAGUGCCA